AUGAAGCUCGAUCCGAAAGCGAUCCGCUACCUCACCUCUGAGGACUUCCGCGUGCUCUCCGCGGUUGAACAAGGAAGCAGAAACCAUGAAGUCGUGCCCACGCCUCUGAUCGCGCAGAUUGCUGGCCUUCGCGGUGGCAGCGGAGUGCACCGGUCUAUCUCCAACCUCGCCAAGACCAACCUGAUCGCUAAGGUUAAGAAUGCGAAAUAUGAUGGAUACCGUCUCACCUACGGAGGCCUCGACUACCUCGCCCUCAACGCCCACCAGAAGCAAAAGUGCAUUUACUCCGUCGGUAACCAGAUUGGCGUUGGCAAGGAGUCCGAUAUUAUCGUCGUCGCCGGUCACGAUGGAACACAGCGCAUUUUGAAGAUUCAUCGUCUCGGUCGUAUCUCUUUCCGUACCGUCAAGACAAACCGCGACUAUCUCCGACACCGUAACACUGGCUCGUGGAUGUACAUGUCGCGCCUGGCCGCGAUGAAGGAAUAUGCCUUCAUGAAGGCCCUACGAGAGAACGGCUUCUCCGUCCCCGAACCUAUUGCCCAGAACCGCCACACCAUCGUCAUGAGCUUGAUCGAUGCGUUUCCGCUACGACAGAUCUCCAAGGUCGCCCAUCCCGCAUCACUGUAUUCGGAGCUGAUGGAUAUGAUCGUGCAGCUGGCGCGGUUUGGUCUGAUUCACGGUGACUUCAACGAGUUCAACAUCCUUAUCAAGGAAAUAGAGGAUCCGGAUGCUAAGGGGAAGGGCCGUGAGGAUGACGAGGAUGAUGAGAAUAUCCGGCUGGAGCCAGUCAUGAUCGAUUUCCCCCAGAUGGUGUCGAUCGACCACCCCAAUGCGGAGAUGUACUUUGACCGUGAUGUUAACUGCAUCAAGCGCUACUUCCAGCGCAAGUUCCACUUCACUAGUGACGCUCCCGGCCCUUUCUUCAAGGCUGCGAGGAAGCAGCUCAUCCAGAACCCCGGAAAGCGGUUAGAUGUGGAGGUUGAGGCGUCGGGAUUCUCGAGGAAGAUGGCGCGCGAGCUGGAGAAUUACAUGAAGGAGGUUGGCGCCAAUGGAGACAACGAUGAAGACAAGGAGAGCGACGAGGAGGAAGAAGAGGAAGAGGAGGAGGGUUCCGGCUCUGAAGGGGAGGAGAACGAACAAUCACAGGAGGUGGAUGAGAGUGCCCGGCGACUUGGGAACUUGCAGGUAUCGGAAGGACAGUAAACAGCACACCAGUAAAUGAUAGUAAUGACCAUGACGAAUAUAAAAUAUUUCUCAUUCAACCAUAUUUCAAAAUGAACAGAAG